AUGGCAGCCUCGUUAGAUCGCGAUGAUCGCUCCAAGCUGGAUGUGUUUGAUGGAACAGACCAUGGGCAAUACCGCACAUGGAAGCGUAGGGCACAGCUAAUGCUAGCUGGUCUACCCAGCACAGUGGCUAGUGCCAAACAUGGUGCAAGACUCAUGGAAUUCGUCAAGGGUGAAGCAGAACAGCUUCUUGACACCCUGGACGUUGAGGACCUGAUCAAAGAGGGCGGUGCCAAGCUCAUCUUUGAGACUUUAGAUGCCAAGUACAUGCCCCAACCGCGUGAUCUGCUUCAGGCUGCGCUUCGUGGGUUCUUCUACGAGCUGAGCAUCAAAAGUGGCGAGAGCUAUCCACAGUUCUUUGCGAGAUUCGAUGCUCAAGUUCGCAAACUACGGGAACAGGAGGUGCAGCUACCAGACAAGGUGACUGGCUUCAUGUUGAUCAAAAAGCUGAGGCUUGACAGUGCUCAAGAGAGCCUGGUCCUUACUGCAACGAAGGGAUCUCUGGAGUUCAAGGAUGUGUUUGACUCGGUGCGGGCCAUCUUUCCAGAAGGAAGAGGGAGCGCCAAAAACACCAAAGAGGUGUUCCAAGCCGAGUUGGAAGAGCAGGCGACAGUGGCUUCUGCUUUUCAAGAACCUGUGGAACAGUUCGAUGAAAUGCAAGAAGUCUUGGAGAUCCUGACAGAUCCAUACCAAGACAGUGGGGACGAAGAGGAAGCCUUGGAAUGCUUUGAGAGCUAUGUUGACAUCAGGAAGAAACUGCAAGAGAGAAAGAAGAGCAGAGGAUUCCAUGAUGGAAAACAAGAAGACGGGCAAAAGUGGAAACUGUCCGGAACAGUCAGGGGCAGAAUAGAAGUGCUGAAGGCACGGACGCGCUGUCAUGUGUGCCGCAAACAGGGCCACUGGAAGCGUGAGUGUCCAGAGAGAGCCAAGAAAGGAAACCUGAAGGUGAAGGACAGUCAGAGAAGUGCACCUGCAGAAGCACAUUCAGCCGAGGUUGUUGUGAUCGAUGAGAAAGAGGAGAGCCAUGACCAGCUGUGGCAGCUGUUUCGCGAAAAGCCACCGAGAAAGCAGACUUGGAAAACAAGUGUUGAUGUCCAGCAGACUGGUUUCAGUGACACCCAUGCAACUGGAAACCAGCAGAUCCAGUAUGAAGAGAACGAGAUCAACCCUUUCACAGUGGCAUCCCAUGUCGACCUGAGCCCUGUGCCAGAACAACGGCAUUUUGCUGAAAGUUUUGUGACCGAUUUCUUUUCCGCCUCCAACGAUGAGUUUGGAUUUUCUCCAGAAGAGGUACUGAGCGCUGAGAGUGGCCUAGCUGGUUGUGAUGACCCUGAGUUAGGUAGGAACUUGAAAGUGAUCGGUGUGAUUUUCCACGACGUGACAGUGCUGAUCCUAGCCAUGACACCAUACAUGAACAUGAUGGGGUUGAACAGCGGCAGCAGCGAGGAUGUCAAUGUGCAGAGCAUGCUGCAGAACGUGGUGAACAUGGUGAAAUCGGGCGAAGAUCAGAUGACCGUCAAGGAUUUGGACAAAUUUCCAGAUCUGAAGAGCGAUGGGAUCAGCUCUCCGAUUCCAGGAAUAACAAUUCUCAAGGAGGGAAAGUAUGCCAAGAAGAAGGUGGUGAUGGACAUUGCCACUCAGUACGAGACCGACAAGCCCUACAUCAGCUGGGUGAGAGAUCACAUCACCCCGACGUCCUCCUUGGAGAUGCAGAAAUUCAGAGUCUACAUCCAUUUCCGCGACCAAGUGAAGAAAGCACGAGUGACGGAGAGCAAUCACAUGCAGGUACCCAUGCCCGUGAUGAUGUCCACCCAAACGGGCGGCCGCCGUCCAGAAGGGCGCAAUGUGCCAAAGACUAUGAAGACCAGGCCAAAUGCUCCCAUGGAGAGCGACAUGGAGGUGGAUGCAUGGAGCAUGGUUUCCCCGACUCAUCAGAAAAAUAUGGUGCAGCGUUGGGAGCAUGUGAUCAACGAAAUGAAGGUGAAUCGCGGAGUGGCAGAGGCUCAGAUGAGAGCACAUCUCGAGCACAUGGACAAGAAGGUGGUUCCGUGUGCGGAAAAGUUUGGUUUGAAGGGUCUCAAAUCCUAUGACAUUGGGACUGGCUGGGAUUUCUUGAAUCCUGAACACCGAAAACAGUGCCGUGAAGAGAUCAAGAAACAUAAGCCUCGUGUUUUGCUGGUUUGUCCCCCUUGUGGUCCCUUCUCUCCUAUGAUUCGCAUCAGUAAGGAUAAGGAAAAUCCCAAGGAUCGUGAACGAAAGACCAUUGAGGGUCGCGUUUUGCUUGCGUUUGCCAUGGAACUUUGUGAACUGCAACAUGAAGAGGGUCGGAUUUUUUUGUUUGAACAUCCCAAAAUGGCGAGAGCACCAGUCCGAGUGCUGACGGAUGGAGGACACGAAUUUGAAGGUCUGACAGUUGAUCAAGAAGCCGCUAUUCGUUUUGUACCCACUGAAAUACUGCAGAAAUCUGGAAAAUAUGCAAAACGUGGGGCACAAACAUUUUCUGACAUCUCGAGAGAAAAGAGACCGGCUGAUGAUGAGCAGCCACCUGAAUUUGGAACUAUCAACGAGACCAUUAGAGAACCAAAGAGAAGAAGGCAGAACACGGAAGCAGAGGCCAUCGAGGUGGACGAGGAGGAACAAGAGCAAGAACCAUCAGGCAACAUGAAUGUGAAUGUUGAAGGAGCGGUCAAUGAAGAAUCAACUGGCAUUGAUGAUGACGAAACAGAGCAGCAAGCUCCUAGUGAUGUGCAGGAGCCGCAACCUGAUACUGCAGGAGCAUCAUCGUAUGGGCCGAUACGUGGAAGAGCAACUCUGGAGGACAGCAGCCUGACGCAAGCUCUACGCCACUCGACAGACCUUUUGGAUACGGGUGACAUUCGAGCGGCAAGGAGAUGCAAAGAGCACUACGAGACAUUUUUGGCACAAGAUCGCAGAGGAAAUGAACUACGUGAAAAGGACAUACAAGGUGCAGACGAUCAAAGACGAGUGCUGGCAGGAAAGAAAGCGGAGUUUGACAAACUGCUGAAGACAGGAGACAUACCAAGUGAUGCGGUGAUCGAGCUGACCAAGUGCGUCUAUGGACUCAUGGAUGCCCCUGCCCCGCCAGGCCUGGGAGACAGAGACAUUGGUUGCGAAGCCUUGCCCAACUCAGUGCGUCAGAUCUUUCUGAUGGCUCGCAGUCAUGAACUGCAGCAUACUUUGCCAAAAGUCCAGCUCGAAUUGUCAAAAAUACAGCUGGCGGAUGCCCCAACUGUAAAGCGGCCUCUAAGUGAGUACAACCAGCUGCAGAAAGCUCUUGCAGUGGCCAACAAGAAGAUCCGCAAGGAGAAAAUGCGUGGCAGUGAUGGUGCUCGCUGUGACGGCUGCGGUCUGGAUGCUGAUUCUGGAGAAGAUGAUGUUGAUGUGAUUUGUGGGCGCUGUUUGUAUACUGCUUGUGGAAGUUGCGAAGUUCAUCAUUGUCGUGGUACUUGCUAUUGUAAAAAAGGCUGGUAG